AUGGACAGUGAAUUAAACGUAACAUAUAUAACUUUUGGUGGGCAUGUUGAAGUGCACAAAUACAGAUAUGUUUAUUUUGUGAUCAUGUUUACAGCAUAUAUUCUAAUAAUCUGCAGUAAUUCUACUAUUGUGUUCCUCAUAGUGAUUCACAAAAACCUUCAUGAGCCUAUGUACAUUUUCAUUGCAGCUUUGUUAAUCAACUCUGUUCUUUUCAGCACUGCUAUCUAUCCAAAGCUUUUCAUUGACUUCUUAUCCAAAAAACAGAUCAUACCUUAUUCAGCCUGUCUCUUCCAGUGGUUUAUUUAUUACUCUUUGAUUGGUUCCGAGUUCUUACUGUUGUCAGCCAUGGCCUAUGACAGAUAUGUGUCUAUAUGUAAACCUCUACAAUAUCCAACUAUCAUGAGAAAAACAACUGUCUGUAUGUUCCUGAUUUUAGCUUGGAUUCUUCCUGCUGGUCAGAUUUCAGUGACUCAGAUACUGAGUGCUAAAAAAAAGCUAUGUAGCUUUAUUUUGAAAGGAAUAAUUUGCAAUAGCACAGUUCACAAACUUCACUGUGUGCCUUCAAGAGAGCUGAAUAUAUACGGCUUAAUUGUUUUAGUAAAUCUUGGAUUUCUACCUGUGCUUUUCAUACUGUUCACAUACACCAGGAUACUUAUAAUAACCUAUCGCAGUAGUAGAGAAGUCAGGAGAAAAGCUGCACAGACCUGUUUACCCCAUUUACUGGUUCUAAUCAACUUCUCUUGUUUGAUUACAUAUGAUGUACUUAUAAUUCGACUUGAAACCAAUUUUCCCCAAACCGCACGUUUGAUAAUGUCUUUACAAAUACUUUUGUAUCAUCCUCUCUUUAAUCCAAUCAUAUAUGGACUGAAAAUGACGGAAAUCUCGAAGCACCUGAAGAGAUUGUUCUGCAAAAUGUUAUUGUUUUGUCUCAUAAUAAUGCAGAGAUUUGAUUUCUGCCGCCACCGAUGUGAGGAUUUGUUUCUGUAA